AUGGUGAAAGCAGCAUUCUUGGGCUUACUGCCCGCCGUUAUGGCCAUCCCAGCAGCCGCUCCCGGUCCCGCACCAACGGUUUAUCGUAGAGAGGCAAUUCCAGUUCCAGCUGCUCAGCCUACGCAGAUUAUGGACCUCGAGCGACGUGAUAUCAUUGGCGAUGUGGAGACUUAUGUCGGAAGUCUCGUUAGUGGUGUUGAGACAAAGAUCAAGGGAUGGGUCAAUUCAGGCAUUCUCGACUUUCCAACUGGUUUCCCUACAGGCGAUGCUGUUAAGAAGUCAGCAGGUGUCGACGACGAUGAUUUGAAAGCCGAGCCAACACAGGUUCUAAAUAUUCCCCCAUACGGCAAUUGGACCAACAAGGGUUGGAACGUUCGAGUGCAUGGCAAUGUUUACAAGAUCCCCAACCUGAGCCAGGAGAAAGUCGACGACCUCGCCAAUGUCUUCCUCAUCGACACGAGUGUUGACAAACUGUCUAAGUCUCAGCAAGCUCAGGCUCGAAAUGUGACAAGGUCUAUCUUUGUGGUGCAACAGGACAACGUUGAGGUCAAGAUGAACUUUGUGAACAAUGUUGAUGUGUCUCCCGAUGAGAGCGGUGGUGCAAUUGAUGCGAGGGGGGGUUCGCAAAACAUCACCAUGCCAUACAACACAACUCUGGAGGGCGACUUUGACGCAUUUGUCGUGCUUAAGAACACCACAGGCCCCAACAAUGGCUAUCUGAUCCCCGGCAACGAAACCUCGAAGAUCCAGACCCUCAAUGUUUAUGCCGAGGGUAAGAACAACAGCGGAAACGCAACCGCUUACCUCGUACCACCCAAGGGUAUCACUAUUGUCUCUGACAUCGACGAUAUUCUGCGAGUGACAAAGAUUUACGAGCCAAAAGAGGGUCUUCUCAACACUUUUGCUCGACCCUUCACUCCAUGGAUGAACAUGCCCGAUAUUUACGCCAACUGGUCGUCUUCAGUGAAGGACUUGCACUUCCACUAUCUCACUACGACACCUGAGCAGGCCACUCGUAACUACAUGAGCUUCAUCUACAACACUUACCCACUGGGCUCAUUCGAUACCCGUCCACUGAACUUCUCAGACGUGUCGGCGACACUGUCCAUCCGUCGCUUCUUGCUCGAUAAGGUCUUCCAGACCUUCCCUGAUCGCAAGUUCAUCCUUGUGGCCGACACGAGCAACUCAGACGUAAUGAAGGACUACCCAGCGAUGUACAAGGACUAUCCUGGUCAAGUGCAGUGCAUCCUUCUGCGCAACACUAGCUCCACUGACAGCGGUGACAAGUUCCCGUAUAAUACCAAGGGCUUCAAGGACAUUCCUCAGAAGAACUACAUGUUCUUCCACGUGCCUGACGAUAUCGCCAAGAUUGACAUCGCCAACGGCGGGUGCUACAACAGCUCUAUCAAGCAGAACGUUACUUUUGACUACCAGGGCCUUCCUUUUGGCUUGAGCGACGACGAUAAUGCCGCUACGGGUGUUACACCUAGGUUAGGAAUGAUUGUUGCGGGAUUGAUCGCUGCUAGUUUGGCGAUGAUGGUUUAG